AUGGACAAGUUUGCGUCCAGCCCCGCUUAUCGAUCGCGCAGCGAAGUGCCGGUAAAUCCGCGAUUUACAUCCCAAGCAGCCACCGCAGAAGACCUGCUCAAGGCGCAAACCGUCGGGCUCGUCAACCUCAGCGAUUAUCGCAAGCGAAAGCAGCAAAACAUAGAGUUUAAAGAGCGGGGCAGCUCUAAUGUCAGCUCGGGUGCCAGUACUCCCCUCGAUGGUACAUUGACGCCUAAGCCUGUAUUCAAGAAGAAGCGCAAAACAGCCGGCAAGGGGAAGCUAUCGUUUGGCGUAGACGAUGAGCACGAGUCUGAGUCCAAUGCCUCACAGGCACCUACGCCACGCGAAGGGACACCCGCCGAGUCUUCGGCAGUGAACUCAGAGACUGAAAGCAAAGUCGCAAAGAAGAAGCUCGGGGCAAGCACGAGCAUUGGUCUGAAACCACGAGUCUUGACCAAAUCCGCACUGCAGCGUGAAGCGCAACAGGCAGAUGUUGCUCGUCAGGAAUUCCUGGUCAUGCGGGAGGCGGUGAAGGCGACCGAGGUGGUGAUGCCGUUUGUCUUCUACGACGGCACCAAUAUUCCAGGCGGACGUUGCAGGAUAAAGAAAGGCGAUCACGUAUGGCUGUUUCUUGACAAAGCUAGGAAAGUAGGCGCCGAGCUGGGUGCUGGCAGCGACAAGAGUCGACGAGAUUGGGCCAGAGUCAGUGUUGACGAUCUGAUGCUGGUCAGAGGAGAGGUUAUUUUGCCGCAUCACUACGAGUUUUACUACUUCCUGUUCAACAAGGUCACUGGGUUCAACGGCCCUCUCUUCGACUUCUCUGCGCAACCGACUACUGCAACCCCAACUAUAACAGAUGUAGAGAAGGACAUGGAACCUGCCACCUAUGAUCCACUCAAUCCGACAGCCAAGAAGAAGACCAACAAUUCAACGGUACCAGACAAUGAACUUGAAGGCUUCAAUGACGACGCAGCUACAACAAAGGUUGUUGAUCGACGAUGGUACGAGCGGAACAAACAUAUAUUUCCUGCGAGCGCGUGGGCAGAGUACACUCCUGAAAAGGAUCUUUCAACAGUUCAACGAAAGGACACGGAGGGCAAUGCGUUCUUCUUCUCUUGA